AACGUUUGUCAAACCGUCAAACAUUAAUAUCAAGAAAUGUCGUAUUUUCAAGAUAUUUGGUUCAAAGAGGAUCAACGCAUUACGGAAGACAAGAUCCAGCAUUGACCGAAAUGAAACUCAAAUACAACGUAAUACCAUCCGAAACAAACAAAGUACGCUUGGAUCAAAAAAAAAAAAUAAGGAAUCCAUGGGCAAGCGGUUUGCCCUUGAGCGUGUUUAGCAUCAUCUUACAAGAAGGAGAAGCUAGAUUUUCCAAAAUAUUACCUAUUAAGGGGAACGACAUGGAAUUAUUCCAUUUUAUCUCAGCGGGUACAUCCCAAGAGUUGAAAAAUAAUUACGACACCAUAAAAAAUUUGAUCUUAAAGAAUAAUUUCGUCCCAUUUCCCCUUUGGUGGAUAUUCUUCCGGAACCAUCAAAUUGUUCAUUACUACUCCAUUCCCACAUCUGGAUGGCUUUGGCCAAUUGCCGACGAUGUAAAAUUCCGCCUUACCAAGCUUAUCGAACUUGGGUUUAAGCUCGAUGAUAAUAAAUCCAUAGCAGACGCCUUACAAAUUUUCGAAAUAAGUUGGAUAUUUACGGCGAUAUCAAAAUCAAAGUGCGUAUUUCACGAGCAAAUUCAUGGAUCGGAGAUAGCAUCGAUAUGCUUCGUUGAUAUCCUUUCCACAGGAUGUCGAUCACCCGCUUCAUACAUCACUUCCGCUAAUAUCAAAUUUCACGUUAAAUACAAUUAA